CCAGAUCUCUUCGCCACCACAACCCACCGUGUCAACUCUCCUUCAAACACCAGCGAUUAAACUUGUCUCUCUUUAAUCUCUUAAUACCAAAACGCUACCGUUUUGCUCUUUUAUUUCUCUCUCUCUCUCUCUAUGGAUUGCAAGAAGCGAGUUCGGGAUGACUCGGACGAAUCAAUUCUGGAAUCGCCCGAGGCGAAACGACUCAGGGACGAUUUACUCGAGUUCUUCGACGACGCCGAUGAUGCAGCUUCCACUCAGGACCUUGACUCCGUCAUGAAGAGCUUGCAGGAGGAGAUUUCCGGCGUGACGUCAGAUUACGGCGAGUCUCAGGCGCAGAUCGGAUACCUCCUGGAGGCCUCCGACGACGAUCUUGGGCUUCCUCCCGCCGGAAACUCGUCGGCGCCACAGGAGAAGAACGUGGAGGCCGAGUUGGUCCGAGUCGCGUCUGACUCGUCCGGAAUCGGCGAGUUGUGGGAGUUUGAGGACCAGAUUCCGAGAUAUGACUCGUUCGAUUUGGGAAUGGGGUUCGGUUAUGAGUGCGAUGCUACCGAAUACGCUGCGUUUGGUGAACUUUUCGAUCAUUCUGAUGUGUAUUAUGACUCGUGGCGGCAAUAGAGAUUUAAUGAAAACUAAUGGGAAAAAAGGGUUUUAGAGAUGUAAAUGUUUCUUCUCAGCUUUUUUAUUCUUUUAGAUGAAGGGAAUUACAGAAGAGAGAUUAUAAAGCAGGACUUGGGAUAACAAGAUGCAAAGGAAAUUGCUUCGUUAUAUUUUUUUAUAUUUUAGUAAGGGAAUGCUUCUGGCUACAAACAAUUUCUGCCUAUGGUACUUGAAAAAUUAAUUUUGGUAUAUUGAA